CUUUUCACACCUUUAGCUCAUGGCAUGCUGCAGGACGAGUUGGAAGAUCGUUCGCGGAUCGUGCAGGGACCGCCCGGACUCCCAGGUCCCCCAGGCCCACCUGGUUCCGACCCGAACAUCACAGAGCUCAUGAACCGCAUGAGGGCUCACGGAGGUCUCACUGGACCUCCUGGUAGACCAGGGCAGAAGGGCGAGAUGGGACACCCAGGCCCGACAGGGGGACAAGGCUUCCCAGGAGCUACAGGACCUCAAGGGCCUCAUGGGGAGAAAGGCGAGGCUGCAUGGGUGAAACACAGAAGACGGCGAAGCACUAGAGCGUAA